AUGCUUAUUCCGAAGCAAAAUCGUAAACGUAUCUAUGAAAGUCUUUUCAAAGAGGGUGUAUUGGUCGCAAAAAAAGACUUCAAUGCUCCUAAACAUCAGGACAUCGAUGUUCCAAAUCUUCAUGUGAUUAAAGCUUGCCAGAGUCUCAAUUCCAAAGGCUAUGUGAAGACACAAUUUUCAUGGCAAUAUUAUUAUUACUCUUUAACGAAUGAAGGAAUUGAAUAUUUAAGGGAGUAUUUACAUCUUCCUCAAGAAAUCGUUCCUGCUACAUUCAAGAAACAGGCUAGACCAUCCAGUACUAGACGUCCUGAUGUGGAAGGAGGUAGAGAAGGUGGCGCUUAUCGACCACCACAAAGCCGUUCUGAUCGCGAUUACCGUCGCCGCGACGAUGGGGGUGAAGGUAAAAAGGAGGGUGCUUCAGGUGACUUUAGGCCCGAAUUUAGAGGUUAUGGACGUGGCCGUGGUCCCCGAGUCAAAAAGUUGGAUACGCAGUUGAUGUAUAACGGUAGCAAUUCACCCCAGGACAAUUUUUCUAAUGUUCACCGUCCCGCCCUUCCUCCUCCGCAGACAAGCAUUUUCAUAAAUGCUUAUCAACAAGACGGUGUACAAAAUCAUAAUGCCGGUAAUACUCUUGCAAAUAAAUUGCCUCCUAUUCUUCCUCCUAUAUCUGAUCCCCCGUCCGUUCCUCAGGCUGGUCAAACUAUUCGUUCUUCUCGACCAAGAUAUAAAGUAAAAACAGAUAAAACGGCAUGGACGGUCGAGGAAGAUAAUUUGUUACGUUUGGCAGUUCAACUUUAUGGAGAUAGAUCUGAAAAAUGGACAAAGAUUGCAGCAUGUGUUCCUAAUAGAACAAAUAAGAUGUGUAGAAAACGUUGGUUUCACUCUCUUGAUCCAAACUUACGAAAAGGGCCAUGGACCAAAGAGGAGGAUGAAUUAUUGAUGAAGGCUGUUGAAAAGCAUAAAAAAGUGUGGUGUAAAGUUGCUGAAUCUAUUCCGGGUAGGACGGAUGAUCAAUGUGCAAAGCGUUGGAAAGAAUGCCUUGAUCCAGAAAUCGACCAUACAGAAUGGACUGAUCAGGAGGAUCUUUUGUUAAUGCAAAAAUAUGCCGAAUUGGGUACUCAAUGGCAAAAAAUAUCGCAAUUUUUUCCUGGACGUCCUGGAUUACAUUGUAGAAAUAGAUGGAGAAAAAUCGAGAGGACGAAAAAAUCAGCAAAGGAGCCCUCGUUGGAUAUGAUAAUUAUAACUCCAGAUGAUAUAUCUCCCACUACUUCACCUAUUUUAUCUCCUGACUUUAUGAAGCCGAGUUCGCAGACGCACCUGCAGCAAUUGAAUGUACAACAACCACAUUUGCCUACAGAUAUACCAUCUAAUGUAUCUCAAGACAUAUUAUCUCAAAAUUCAACAUCUGUCUUAGAGUCAGAUUUAUCAUCUGAACCAGCGGCAAAUUUGGUUACUUCAACAACUUCUUGUGGUCCUAGUAUUGCUUCACUCUUGUCAUCGCCAAACGUAAAUGGGCCCAUGAACCAGCAGACAAUAAAUAUGCAGAACAUCGUGCGAAAUGUAAAUGUGCAAAAUACACAAAUGAAUAUGGAUCAUGUGCCUUUACCUCCUCCGGCUUCAAUGGAGGUUGAAAAUGAUACAACUACCCGGGCAUAUGGAUGCGGUGUCCCUGGAUGUGAACUUAAUUUUUCAAAUUCGAAUGGGUUAUAUUACCAUAUGAAAGCAGCACAUCCCAACGUUAGUAAUUCAGAAAAACCGUAUCGUUGUGCAUUACCAGGUUGUUGUAAAAGUUAUAAAAAUAUUAAUGGUCUUCAAUAUCAUAUCGCCAAUGCGAAAGGUUCGUCUGGGCAUCAAUGCGAUAAUAAUGAGGAAGGAUCUCCUGAAUCAGUUGUUAAACCACAUAAAUGUCAAGUAGCUGGUUGUAAGAAUAGCUAUAGAACUCCCAAUGGAUUGCAAUAUCAUCAAAAACACAUUCAUGGAAAGGAAAGCGAUAAAUACCGUGGAACUCAAAUAACGGCUUCUUCGAGUGCUCAACGAUUCGAACCAGAAUCUUCAACAUUGGAUGUUACUGGCCCAAUGGAUGAUACUACCUCUAAUAAUAAUGAUAUACAACAUUGGACACCUACUGAUGGAUUUAUACCAUCUGAAUCACAUGAAUCCAAUCCGCCUUCUUUCACGCUUCCUGCAGUUCCUGAUGCCAUCUCUGUUCCAAAUUUAUUAGGUUUGAAUCCACCACAUUUUGAUGAACAUCAUAUCAUGGGAAGUGAUUCAAGUGACCCAUCUACAAACGGAAUGGAUACGCUUUUAUCACUUUCUACUUCUGGCGCACAUUUCCGUAAUCAAGAUUUUGGCAAUCAUUUUCCACGUUAUAAAUGUAACGUUAAGGGAUGUGAACAAAUAUUUAACAAGCCGAUGUCACUUUCAGAUCAUACACGUAUCGAACAUCCGAAUACACAAAUAGAAUCAAUAACAGCCGGAAGGCGUAAGGGAUCUAAACGAUCGGCUCUUUCCAGACAAUAG